UCGAGAUUUCAUUCUUGAAACAUAUGGACAAUUUGCUAGUUUUCUUCGUCUCUUUUCUGUUUUUUUCAUCUGUAUAUGGAGACCGUAAUUGCCCCCUGGAUUCCAUUUGUGGAAAUAAUCGUUUUGACAUACGAUUUCCUUUUGGAUUAGAAGAGCCUUGUACAUAUAAUCCUAGUUUCAAUAUUAAAUGCAAUAAUCAAGGCAGAGCAAUUUUAAGUCUUCCUGGUGCAGGGGAUUUCUAUGUACGCGAUAUCAACUACCUCAUGCAAGAAAUUCAACUCUACGAUCAAUUUGAUUGUCUUCCUAAACGGCUUACUAAUUUUCAACUUCCUUCUUCUUCUGUCCUCAAGCCAGUUUACUAUCGAAACUACACUUUCUUGAUUUGUUCGACAGAUUUGGUCAUGUCUUUCAAUGUCAUUAGUUGUAUGAGUAAUUCCACUAUCUCUACUUUGGCUACUUCUUCAACGAACCUUGCUAGCCAAAUGGUAUCUUUGUAUAAUUGUAAAGUAGAUAACACUUUAUCUAUUCCUGUCUCGUGGACUCCUUUGUAUGAGGCAGUUUUUUCAAGUGACCUUAAUAAUGAUCUUGUUUUAACAUGGGAUGAACCGAAUUGCCAAGAAUGCGAAGUAGAAGGACAACUUUGUGGGUUCAAGAAUGUAACUAGUGGAGAAAUUCAAUGCUUUGAUGUUGCUGGGACAGGCAAUACAAAAGGUAUACAAAUAUUCCGAAUAGUUGCACUAGCCUUAGUGAUACCAGCCAUCACAUGUUCAUUGGGUGUGACAUGUUACAUUUGCUAUGAGCAAAGCCGAGACAGCCGCCGCUCCGCUGCUCUCCAGAACACUACUGCCGGUGGAGCAGCCGUAGUACCACAACCGGAAACGUCAAUUGGGCUGGACGAUUCGACGAUCGAAUCGUACACAAAAGUUGUUCUAGGUGAAAGUAGGAGAAUUCCAGGGCCAAAUCAUGGAAUUUGUCCAAUAUGUUUGGCUGAGUAUCAUCCAAAAGAGACAGUGAGAUGCAUACCUGAAUGUGAACAUGGUUUUCAUGCUGAAUGCAUUGAUGAAUGGUUAAAGAUUAAUGGGACUUGUCCUGUUUGUAGAAAUAAUCCUUCUCCUGUUCAUGUUAACUUUUCAUAACACAUUUUUUUCCCUCACAUGUGAUAUGAGAGUUUUGUCUGUAUAUGAUAUCUAUUGGAACUAAUAUUGUAUCUCUCAAUCCAAACUUGUAUAUAAGGUUUGAUAACAUCAUUUUCGUAAGAGUUCGCGUGUGAAAAGGUUUAGCUAGUUCUCCUUAGAUGUUGCCCUAACGUAGUACUUACUGUUUAAAAUUGAAGUAUUUCAAAGAA